CUUCCCUGAGUUAGGUGCUGUUGUUACUGUAGUUUGGAGUCAUCUCGACUCAGAAGUGAUCAUAGCAGGGCGCUCACACCGCUCUAAAAGAGUUUUUACACGGUCAUUACACCAUUUUAUGAACUGUACAUUAGUGUAAAUAGGCUAUUUCUAUUUUUUAUAUAAAGACAACAAGAAGAUGGAACUUAAUUCUCUUUUAAUUCUACUGGAGGCUGCAGAGUACUUGGAAAGAAGAGACAGAGAGGCAGAGCACGGUUAUGCCUCUGUUUUACCAUACACCAACGACUUUUCUCGAAAGAAAACGAAAACCUCUACAAUGUCCAGAAAAACUCAAAACAAUAGAUCGUCACACAAUGAGCUGGAGAAACACAGACGUGCCAAACUGCGGCUCUACUUGGAGCAGCUGAAGAAACUGGUGCCUUUGGGGCCAGACAGCACGAGACACACCACUCUGAGUUUGCUCAAAAGGGCCAAGAUGCACAUCAAGAAGCUGGAAGAGCAAGACAAGAAAGCUUUAAAUGUGAAGGAGCAGCUCCAGAGAGAGCACCGCUACCUCAAACGCCGCCUGGAGCAGCUUUCUCUGUCGGGAUCGGUAGAGCGCAUCCGCACCGACAGCAUGGGCUCCACCAUUUCUACUGAUUCAGAACAAGAGGUGGACAUCGAGGGCAUGGAGUUCACCCCGGUGGAGGCCGACAGCGUGGACAGCAUCAGUGACGGCGAGGAGUUGGAGGAGGAGGAGGAAGAGGAGGACCACUACAGCCUCCAGAGCAGCUCCAGCGACACCAGCUACACGGCGACACAUUCCCACAGACUGCAGCCACACCACUGUUAGACACGGCGCCAGGCCUCCGCCCCCCCUCCUUCUCCUAAUUGAUUUGCAGCUCGCCCUUCAUCAGAGUAGUUCACGACGGCGGUACGCUCUGAACUUUUGUUCCUCCUUUCCUGGACACGACUCAGCAGGAAGCAUACCCCCCACACUCCCAACUGUUUACCUGCCACCCCCCCUCCAACCCCUUUCCUCUGUUGCUGCAGGCUCAGAAAGUGCAAAGAGUUGGUGGUUUUUCCAUCUGAUCGUUCUGUGGUGAGGUGGACAGCUUUGACUUGUUAAGCGGCACGCGAAGAGGAGGUCAAACGCAGGCCUUCAGCUAUUGUUACAGAGGAAUACGCCUUAAAGCUUUUCCUCAGAAGUCUAAAAUCGGACCGAUGCUAGAUGCUAAAAACGUUUUUUUUAACCAAAAUUCAGAAAAAAUAAGAGAAAGACGUAUCAGUUUCUAAAAUUCAUUAAAAACACAUGCUUUACUAUUUUUCUUCAUUUAACGUUAAGCAUGCAGUACAAGUUGACAGAAAUGAUUUUUUUCCCUCCAUGAUGUCAUUUGACCAUGAAGACGCUUGAAAAGGAUCAGAGCUGAUCAAAUAAUGUAAAUAGUUGUACAGAUGUUGUUCAAACCCUUAUGGCUCCGCCUGGUUGGGCUGCCUAACCACUACUCCACACUACUGACCACUACACUGUAGCACCCUAUGGUGUGGAUGGACUACUAUGUCACACAAGCAGAGAGAAAAAUGUUUCCCAACUAUAAAAUCACCUUCUCAGUAGCUGAUUGAUGUAGCAAUAAGUACAAGAGGCUUCCUGUGGGUGUUGACUAGUUCCUAGUGGAGCAUAAGGUGCAAGUCGGACAUAAGCCCCCCCCCCCCUUUUUUUUUCAGCCAGUAGUUGGCGUGCUGGCACUUUCAAACAGACCCCCCCCCCCCCAUUUCAUUCACUAAUGGCACUGUCCGUGCGCAGCUCUGAUGGUUUUCCUGUUGCGUUUGGUGCACAGAUGCAUCUCCCUUCAGCGUUCCGGUUAACAAGUCAAAGCUAGGAAUGCUGGGAAAAAACAAAAAAAGUCUUCUCCUUUCUGUCACCCUCCAUCUACGUUCUUUGGGGUCCGUGUUUCUAAAGUACCCCCCCCCGACUGUACCUUUUGCACAAUCCUGACAGACAAGGCGCUUCUGUUCUUUGGUCAUUCAAUAAUCAGUAGCCUCCAUCUCUUGCAGUCUCUAGAGCUUGGCACUUUAAAGUUAAAAACAAAAGAAACAAAACAAAACAAAACAAAAGUGGGCCGGUCCAAGUCGGCAGGUCUGACCAAAAAAAUAUAAAAGUACAGAAAAAAGAAAAACCUGCAAACAAAAAGAAGCUACUUGUCACUAAAAGUGAUCCUAUUAACUAGUGUAGUUUAUAUUUCUUGUAUUAAAUUUUGUAUUAUAUUUUCCUAAAUGUUCUCAUAUGAUGAAAAUACAAAAAAAUGUAAAAAAAAAUAAAAAUGGAGCAAAUGUAUUUAUCCCCCUCCUCAUCUCUACCUUCGAUACAUUUCUAUAAAUAUAUUUAUCAGAGAGACGGGCAGAAGCCGGGCUUUUUGAAGGGAACCUGGGGACAAAGCUAAUACACUGACCCGCCCCUCCCUCCUUCUCCCUUGGGUGACAUUUCUGCUGUCAUUCUGUGCCUUGGCGAGUCUUUUACAUCUCUCCUCCUCCUCCUCAGGUCCCACUCUCUCCAGUUCCUCCCUAGUCUUCCUUCUGUUUGCUUGUGGCGGUGAUUUCAACUACGCAAACCGCCGCCACGAGGAACAACAGGGUAGGAUGCAAUUUUCAGCACAGUAAGGACAAAAUUACCCCCCCCCCCCCCUCAUUGCUCUGUUGGGGUUUUUGCUGAAACCACCACCGCCGCCAACCCACUCCCUCAUGAUGCCAGUACCACCUCCGUCGUGGAAAAUGUGCGUGCGAACACACUGGUAAACCCCCCCUCCUCUCUUCCCAAUGGCAGCUUCCAGUUGCUCCGGACGGUCACCAACGGGGUCGUAAUCCCCUGGGGUUUUUUUUGUUUCUAUCUUCUUAUUACAAAUGUUUGAUGGCUGUGUUUGUUCAGUGGGAGCCACUGGGAGAGGAGCGAUAAGUGAAUAAUCCAAUCAAUGGCAGCUUAAGGUGUUAUCCUCCGAGCUCCUAGUGCUCCUUCUAAUAUAUAUUUAGUGUUAUCCAUUGAUCAGGGGACCUCUUGACACACAGCAAUAUUACCAUCUUGUGCUUUCUGAGGGGGGAGGGACAGGGACGGGGUUGUUUAUGCGUUUGUUUUUGAGGACAAACCGGUGGUUUUGCUUUUCACUCUGUGGUGCAUUUUCUUUUAUUUUGGUGACCAACACUUUUAUUUGGAUGAUUUGACCUCCUAUCUGCACUCUCUCCAAAACACUGCAGGAGGCCAAAACCCCCCGAAAAAAAACUUUUUUCUUUUUUUAAAUUAAAGUUUACAUUCGCGUUAAGGGAAAAAAAAAAACUGACUCUUUGUAGCAAAUAAAAGAGAAAACAAUUUUUUUUUUCAGCUUGGUAAAAACAACAACAACAAAGCGAACAGCGCAGUCCAGUGUGAACGUGAUGAGAGGAUUCUCUUGCACAGAACCUUCCAUGAAAAUGAACAAAGCCGGAUAUGAGAUUACGUGUUUUUCAGUGCCGUCAUUGAAAAAUGUACAUAGCACACAAACGCACACACUCGGGAUGAGUUCAAGGUGUUAACAUUUGGCUUGAAUGUCAGCGGGAAUGUGUGUAUGGAAAUUCUUUUAAUGAUGUGCCUUGAAAAAAACAACAACAAAAAGUUAUUUUCGUAAAGGAAACCACAAGAUUGUACCAUUUCUAUGGACUGUUGAAUUAGUUCCAAAAAGAGCCUUCUGAUGGACGGUGCUCAUUUAACCCACACGACGGCUUCCAGCUAAUAUUAUUCCUGCCAAACAGAUAGUCACUUUGUUUUUUUUUCUUUUUAUUCCAUGCUUUGAGCUCAUAUUCCUGAAUAGCUUUAACUACCUUUAGAACAGCUUACUAUUUUUCUGCACUCAUGUCCCGUUUGUCUCCGUGUUGUGGGCUGACGCUCUCCAGUCAGCUGAGAAGAAUCACCAAAGGGUGAACUGACUUAGAUGUUGCUGAUGUCUGAUGUUCUGUCAGAGACCUGUGAAAAUGUUAUUUUCAACAACAGAGAAAAGUUAUCGAAGUUCUUUUGUUUGUUUGUUUUGUGUGUCAGAGUGCAUGCACGCAACUACCUGGUGCUGGCUACCUGUAAGCAAACACUUGAAGGUAUUGUGCAUUCUCUCAUUGUAAUAUAAAUAAAAAUUUUAUAUAUAAAUA